GUGGGGAAGAGAGAGAGCGAGAGAGCGAGAGAGGAGCUGAGCGAGCGAGUAGCGACGAGUCACACCUCAACACGACUCGAGGAGGAAAAGGAGGGGAAAAGUUCAGAUUUUCUCGAGUUAUAUGGAUUUAUGUGCUCGCCGCCGACUGUUUGAGACUUUUGAGAGCGUCGGUUUUGUUUUUCGAGUGUGUUUUUUCGCUCCGGCCGCUCUCGAGAUUGAGUUGAGGGAACCUCGCUGAGAGAAGGCAGCACGCAGACGUGCGCUCGCGACUCUGACUUAUAUGUGGAUUUUACAGAAAAUAUGGGUGAAUUUCCCCGUUUCUCUUCGGGCAAAGUCGCUUUCCUCGCUCUCUGCUGGGUCCAGCUGUCAUACGCUCUUCAGUGUCAGGGCCCUGUGACGCCGUGUGUGUCCGGUGGUAGCUGCGUCGCCUUUGCCAAUGGAACAGGAUACUGCAGGUGUGCUCCAGGUUACCUGGGUGAAUACUGUCACCUGUGUGGGCCGCAUCACUGUCUGAACGGAGGGAACUGCACAGUGAACAGGAUCGAGGGGCAGGAGCGAGCGAGCUGUGUGUGUCCUCUGGGCUUUAACGGGCUGCGCUGUGGAACCCAGAUAAACUCCACCUGCUACCCCAACAACCCCUGCACCAACGGAGGCACCUGCACUGUCCUGCCGCGCGACCGAUACGCCUGCCGCUGCGCCCCCGGCUGGACAGGUUCACGAUGUGAGAAUGAGGACAGUUGUGUAUCCUCUCCGUGUGCUAACAGAGGCACCUGCACCGCACUCCCUGCUGGAAAGUUCUCCUGCUCCUGUCCACCAGGUUACCAUGGAGACCGCUGCCUUAACGACACAGACGAAUGUGAGGAGAACCCGACGAUUUGCCGGAACGACGGGCAGUGCGUGAACGUGCCGGGGUCAUACCAGUGCAGCUGCGCGCCGGGCUUUACGGGGCGAAACUGCGAGAGCCCAUACGUGCCCUGCUCUCCAUCACCCUGCAUGAAUGGAGGAACCUGCAGACAGACCUCAGACACCACAUACUGGUGCCACUGCCUACCAGGUUUUAAUGGCACUAACUGCGAGGUGAAUAUUGAUGACUGUCUGGUUCAUAAUUGUCAGAAUGGAGGAACGUGUAUGGAUGGCGUGAACACGUAUAACUGCCAGUGUCCUCCUGAGUGGACAGGUCAGUAUUGCACAGAUGAUGUGGACGAGUGUCGCCUGCAGCCAAACACCUGUCAGAACGGGGGAACCUGCAGUAACCUGCAUGGCAGCUACACUUGUGUAUGCGUGAAUGGCUGGAGCGGGCUGGACUGCUCCGAGAACAUUGACGACUGCGCAGCUAAACCCUGCACCGCUGGGUCGACCUGUGUGGACCGCGUCGCCUCCUUCUUUUGCAGCUGCCCUUUCGGGAAAACUGGUUUGCUGUGUCACAUUGAGGAUGCGUGCAUUAGUAACCCCUGCAGGGCCGGAUCGCAGUGCGACACCAAUCCCGUCAACGGCAAAUUCAACUGCAACUGUGCCUCCGGCUACAAAGGCCCCACCUGCAAUGAUGACAUCAACGAGUGCACAAUUGGGCCGAACCCGUGUGAGCACGGCGGUCUGUGUGUGAACACGGAGGGCUCGUUCACCUGUCAGUGUGUGCGCGGGUACACCGGCCCACGGUGCGAGCAGGACGUGAACGAAUGUGGAUCAAACCCCUGUCAGAACGACGCGACCUGCCUGGACCAGAUAGGAGACUACACCUGCAUCUGCAUGCCAGGCUUUGAGGGUUCCCACUGUGAGACUGAUGUCAAUGAAUGUGCCAGUUCACCAUGCCUCAACAACGGCAAGUGCAUAGACCAGGUCAGCCGCUUCGUCUGCGAAUGCCCUCAUGGCUUCAGCGGAGAGACGUGUCAGGUGGAUGUUGAUGAAUGUGCCAGCACUCCGUGUCAGAAUGGGGCCAAAUGUAUUGACCGGCCCAACGGCUACGAGUGCGAAUGUGCAGAAGGUUUUACAGGCACUCUGUGUAAUGAGAACAUCGAUGACUGUCACCCGAAGCCCUGCCAUCACGGUACGUGCAAAGACGGAAUCGCCACAUUCACGUGCGACUGUUACUCAGGGUAUAUGGGUCGUAUCUGCAGCGAGCAGAUUAAGGAGUGCCACAGUGACCCCUGCCAGAAUGGAGGACGGUGCAUUGACCUUGUUAAUGAAUACCAGUGCAACUGCCUGCCCGGCACAGCCGGUGUGAACUGUGAGAUCAACUACGAUGACUGUGCCAGUAGCCCCUGUCUGCAUGGCUCAUGUGAGGACGGCAUUAAUGAGUACAAGUGUGCGUGUGAGCCUGGCUACACAGGUGACCGCUGCAGUGUGGAGAUAAAUGAAUGUGACUCUAACCCGUGUCUCAGUGGUGGGACGUGUGUGGAUAAGCUGAAUGGGUUUCAGUGCCAGUGUCCAGUGGGCACUCACGGACUGUUGUGCCACUCCGGGGUGGACCACUGUGCCUCCCAGCCCUGCAGACACGGAGAGUGUGUGGAGGAGCAGGAUGGGUACCGCUGUGAGUGUAAAGCUGGAUUUGAGGGUCAGAACUGUGAGCUGGAGAAGAAUGAGUGCGAGUCCAACCCCUGCCAGCAUGGAGGAGCCUGCAAGGAUGGCCUGAACAGCUACACCUGCAGUUGCGUACGAGGAUUUGAUGGUAAGAACUGUGAGAGAAAUAUUGAUGAGUGUGCCUCAAACCCCUGUUUAAAUCAAGGCACCUGCUCUGAUGAAGUCAAUGGCUACACCUGCCACUGCACUUUACCUUACACAGGGAGGUACUGUGAGGAAGAGUUGGUCCCGUGUGCGUCUCAGCCGUGUAAGAGAGGAGGUGUUUGUCAGCCAUCACUCGAUUACACCUCCUACACCUGCAGGUGUCCCAUUGGCUGGCAGGGCGCCCAGUGUACAGAGGAUGUGGAUGAAUGCCGGAAGAGUCCGUGUCAGAACGGAGCUCGUUGUGUGAACAAGCAGGGCAGCUAUGAGUGCGUGUGCCAGGCUGGGUACAGCGGAAAGAACUGCCAAACCAACAUCGACGACUGCAGCUCCAAUCCCUGCAUAAACGGUGGUUCGUGCUUAGAUAAGGUGGGCCGGUUUUCCUGCGAUUGCAGGCCGGGUUUUUAUGGAGAGCGAUGUGAGCAGGAGGUGAACGAAUGCGAAAGCUCCCCCUGCAGGCACGGAGGAACCUGCACUGAUUACGUCAACAGCUACACCUGCCGGUGUCCGCCCGGCUUCAAUGGCAUCCACUGUGAACGCAACAUUCCUGAAUGCACAGAGACCUCCUGUCUAAAUAAUGGGACCUGUGUGGAUGGCGUUAACCACUUUUCAUGUCGUUGCCAACCCGGUUUCACCGGCCAAUUCUGUCAGUAUGAGAUUAAUGAGUGUGAAUCACAGCCCUGCAAGAAUGGAGGCACCUGCACAGAUGGCUUAGGCACCUACCACUGCACCUGCCCCAUGGAGUACACCGGCUACAACUGUCAGUCUCUGACGGAUCUCUGCAAAAACAUCCAGUGCAAGAAUGGGGGUACGUGUGUCCAGGAGGAGAUCACAUGGAAUUGCAAAUGCCCCCAGGACUGGACCGGACUCUACUGUGAUAUUCCCAAAAUAUCCUGCCUGAGUGCUGCCACCAGAAAAGGUGUGCCAGUGGAGCGAGUGUGUCAAAACGGCGGCCUCUGUACAAAUGAAGACAACGCACACAAGUGUAUGUGUCAGCCGGGCUGGUGGGGCAGCUACUGUGAAAAGGAAAUCGAUGAGUGCUUGUCAAGUCCCUGCAGAAACGGAGGAACCUGCAUAGACUACCAGGGUGGCUACGGCUGCCGGUGUAAGGCAGGUUAUCAGGGAGUGAACUGUGAGUAUGAUGUCAAUGAGUGUCAGUCUAACCCCUGUCGACAUGGAGGCACCUGCAUCAAUCUGGUCAACCGCUUCUCCUGCUCCUGCCCUCCUGGCACCAAAGGCCUUCAGUGUGAGGUGAACGUGGAUGAGUGCUCUCCCGAGUUCGGCCCGCGCUGUCUGAAUGGUGGACGCUGUGUGGACGGUAUUGGCCGUUACACUUGCGUGUGUCCACCUGGAUUCACCGGUGAUCACUGUGAGGGUGACAUCAACGAAUGUCUCUCUGCACCCUGCAAUGCUCUCGGCAGCAUCGACUGCGUCCAGCUGGCGAAUAACUAUCAGUGCCGCUGUCGCCUUGGUUACACAGGUCAUCACUGUGAGUCGAUGGUGGACCUGUGUCAGUCGAAGCCCUGCCACCACGGAGGGAAAUGCUCCAUGAACAUGAGCUCAGUCCACGGAUACAGCUGCACCUGUCCCCCUGGCUACACAGGCUUGAACUGCGGCGACAUGGAGGGCUACACGUGUGCCAUCCUGCGCUGUCAGAACGGCGGGCAGUGCCACGAGUCAUCUGGGCACCCACAGUGCCAGUGUCCACCGGGCUUUAAAGGCACACGCUGCGAAAUCCUCACAGACCCGUCCUGCCAGUGCCAAAAUGGAGGCAUGUGCAUUAAAGACCCCCACAAGCCGUCUGCCUUCGCCUGCCAUUGUCCUGCGGGCUACAGCGGGGAGCAGUGCCAAAACGUCCCGAGAAUGGUCACACCCACCUCCCUCUGCCCGUAUGUGGAGUGUGUGGAGCGGGCAGGCGACAGGGUGUGUGACCCCCAGUGUAAGACUCCGGAGUGUGAGUGGGACGGGGGCGACUGUACACUGCACUGGCGCCGGCCUUGGGAGAACUGCACGGCUUCAGUGCCCUGCUGGGACUUUUUCCAUAAUGGCCGCUGUGACCCGGAGUGUGAUAACCCAGGGUGUCUCUUCGACAGCUUUGAGUGCCAGAAAGGAUCUUCGCCCACGCCCAGCAUCUGCAAAUAUGAUAGAUACUGUCUGGAUCACUUUCAGAAUAACCACUGUAACCAGGGCUGUAACACAGAGGAAUGUGGCUGGGACGGAUUGGACUGUUCGAAGGACACUCCUCCACAGUUAGCCGAGGGGACGCUGGUCAUCGUGGUGCUGCUGCAGCCCAGUGAACUGCUGGGGGAUCUGAAGGGCUUCCUGCGCUCACUGGGGAUGCUCCUGCACACUAACCUUCAGGUCAAACUUGACGAACAGCAGAAGCCGAUGGUCUACCCUUACUACGGUGCCGAGCAGGAUGACACGAACACCGGCUCUGACGCCAUGAAGAGGCGGGGCAAGCGGGAGCUGGAGAAGGAGGUCAUUGGGUCGAAGGUGUAUCUGGUGAUUGAUAAUCGACAGUGUGCGCAGCGCUCUGGUGACUGUUUGUCCAGUGCGGACCAGGCCGCUUCAUACAUCGCUGCAGAGUAUCUCAAAAAAGAGCUGCCCUAUCCCCUCUUAAUUGUGGAUAGCGAUCAAGUCGAACCUCCGCACAAACCGCCUCUUAUCUAUCUGGUCGCUGUGGCAGCAGCCAUCAUCCUGCUGAUCUUAGUGUUGGGUGUUCUGGUUGCCAAACGUAAACGCAAGCAUGGCAUCCUCUGGCUGCCCGAUGGCUUCCUGGCCAAGAAGGACAGUAAGCGGCGUGAGCCGGUUGGCCAGGACGACUUCGGCUUGAAAAACUUGCAAAAACCACAGGAUGGGGGGAUGAUGGAUGGCAGCGUUGGUCAUCACUGGCCAGAUGAAGAACAUAUGCCCAAGAAGCCAAGGCUGGAGGAUAAGCCCUUGUUGCCGGUAGGAGUGGAUGCUGGAGUGGAUCGUCGGGAAUGGACUCUGCAGCACCGUAAAGCUGCUGACAUCACACUGACCCCGCCCCAAGCAGAUGUAGACAUGGACUGUCUGGACGUGAAUGUAAAAGGGCCAGACGGCUUCACCCCACUCAUGCUGGCUUCCCUGCGGAACGGUGGAAGUCCUGAAUGUAGCAGUGUUUUAGCCGAUGAUGAGGAGGAGAGUGGCGUGGAUGAACCUGGAACCAACAUCAUCACUGACCUCAUCACCCAGGGCGCCACGCUUAAUGCCCAGACUGACCGCACGGGUGAAACCGCCCUCCAUCUGGCUGCCCGCUACGCCCGUGCCGAUGCUGCCAAGAGGCUGCUGGACGCUGGGGCUGACCCCAAUGCUCAUGACAACAUGGGCCGCACGCCUCUCCACGCUGCGGUGGCUGCAGACGCACAGGGAGUGUUUCAGAUCCUGAUCCGCAAUCGGGCCACAGAGCUGGACGCCCGGAUGAAUGAUGGUACCACUCCCCUUAUCCUGGCAGCCAGAUUGGCUGUGGAGGGCAUGGUGGAGGAGCUGGUGCACUGUCAUGCUGAUGUCAAUGCUGUGGAUGACCAUGGUAAAUCUGCUUUACACUGGGCUGCUGCCGUCAAUAAUGUGGAGGCCACGUUAGUGUUGCUGAAGAACGGAGCCAAUCGAGACAUGCAAGACAACAAGGAGGAGACGCCGCUGUUCCUGGCAGCAAGGGAAGGAAGUUUCGAGGCAGCUCAGGUCCUUCUGGACCACUACUCUAACCGAGACAUCACUGACCACCUGGACCGGCUACCGCGAGACACAGCCCAGGAGCGCAUGCACCAUGACAUCGUCCGCCUGCUUGACCAAUAUAACCUGGUACACAGCCCCCAUUCUGGACCCAACCACAUGGGCAAUGGCGGAGGAGGCCACCCUUCCAUGGUUUGCGGCAGCAAUGGAACCGGGUUUAUUGGCAUGCGACCGGGACCGCAAGGCAAGAAGAACCGUCGUGGUGGCGCCAAAAUGGGUGGGGCUGCUGGUGGUGGAGGCGGAGCCAAAGACCUUAAAGACAUGAAGGCCAAGCGGAGGAAGAAACCAGCAGGAGGUGAAGCCCCUGGAAUGGCCGCUGCUGGGGGUACUGUAGCAUCAGCCACUGCAACCGCUAGCACUAAUGGCACCAAAGCAGCAGGUGGCACGAGUGGUCUUUCAGAGAGUUCAGUGACGAUGUCUCCAGUGGAUUCCUUGGAGUCCCCACAUUCGUACACUGUGGAUGCUGCAGGGGGUUCCAACGCCGCUAAUUCGCCCCCACUGAUGGCCAGCCCUUCAACCCGCCCGCUGUUGCCUCCUGUUAGCCACAUGCUGGGGCAGCAACAGGGCUGGGUGGGCGUGGCCAAGCACAGCUACAGUGGUCACAUGUUCAGUCACAUGCUCCCCCACCAGAUGGCGCCAGGGCAUGCUGGCUUGCAGCAGCACCACGGCUCUAGCAUGCUCACGCCCAUGAACGUCACCAUGAGUCGAGAGCAGCUCCCACCCAUCGUCACCUUCCAGAUGAUGGCGGCCGGAGGAAGCCAGACGGGCAUCCUGAAGCCCGGCCAGCAGCAGGGGGCGCUACAGUUGCAGGCUCCGGGGCAAAGCCAGGGCCAGAGUCAUAGCCAGCAGGCCGCACACAUGCUCUGCAGCCAGGGCAUGAUGUACCCCAUGCCAGAGGUGGGUCUACAGCACAGCAUGCAGCAUUCACUGCCCCAUGGGCAUGGCCACGCCCACAGCCACGCUCAUGGCCACGCCCUCCCGCAUGCUCACAGCCUGGCAGAAGCCCAGGUGCGGCAGCAGGUGACGCCCUACCAGCAGCUGCAAAGCCCUGUGGAUAAAUACCCAACGCCACCCUCCCAGCACAGCUACGCCACUCAAAGCUCUGAAGGUACGCCAGGUCAUCCUGCCCAGCCAGCCAACGAGCACCCCUACCUCACCCCUUCACCCGAAUCUCCGGACCCGUGGUCCUCUUCCUCCCCUCACUCCAACUCGGACUGGUCCGACGUCACCACCAGCCCCACUCCGCUCGCAAACCCACACACACUGCCGCACCCCCACCGCACACACAUUCCUGAACAAGCACCACUGCUGCAGGCACCGGCACCGCAGGCAGCGCAGCAGCAGCAGCAGCCGGCGCAGUCCUGCAGCAGCGUGUACGCGUAGAACUGUUCACCACAGUCUGCCUGUUUCCGCUCGGCUCGGCCUGGUGGAUCAAAUACGCCAAGUGGGCUCCAGCCCUGGUCCUGGAGCACCACUGCCCUGCACGUUUUUUGUUUUCCCUGCUUUAGCACAGUUUUAAGUAUUUCCUACCCCUCUGCUGAAACUGCACAGUACAGUAUAUACAUAUCUUAAUAUGAUACUGUGCAAAAAUCUUAGGCACCUAGGCUAAUUCAUUAAAACCAGUCUGGAAAUGAUUAGAGAAACACCUUGACAUCCAUCAACAUACAAAACCACUACUUACGGUAUUAAUUAUUAAUUAUUUGUAUUCUUAAAAUUGGUGUUUUCAGAGCAUAAAACAUUUAAAUAAGUAGUUUUUUAAAUCUGAUUUUCUCAGAUGCCUAAGAAUUUUACACAGUACUGCAUAUUGCGAGAAAUAUCACAAUCACAGUCUUAAGCAAUGUAAUUGCAAUAUGAUAUUUUCUCCAUAUCUAGAGCCUUACCCAGUACACCAUAUGCAGUUCAUCAGCUAAUUGUCAAGCUCUUAAUGAGCUGGGUUAGGCAUGUUGAGAGUGGUGGACCCACUUCCACUCAGGAAGGUGUUGUUAAUGAGCUGAUUAGUCAAAUGAGGUAUUUUAAAGCAGGGUAAACACCAAAAGGAGAGCGGUGCUCCAGGACCAGGACUGAAAUCCACUGAGCUAUGCAGUCAUUGGGUCGUAUCUAAAGGAGUGACUUGGUCUUAAUGGCAGUCCUCUCUGUCUCUCUGCCUUUUACUGCCUUUUAUGUUCAUUUUACACUAUGCACACGGUUGACUGUGGCGUUUGUAUGCAACCUGUACCCCUCCCCUGCUCCCAGCUCUGGAUACUCUACCCCUUUGUCAAAUCAUCGACCCUCAGUGACCCCGGAAAUGUGCUUGAUAUCAGUCAGAAUUAGGAAUACCAACAUUUGAGACUCAGACUGCCUUUUUAAAAAUAUUUACAGGUCACAAAUGACAGACCAGCUGUUGAGGAAAUCCUAAAACAACUCAGCCGCCUGGGACACAUGAGGCUGCAUCACCAGUGGACAAUGAUUAAAGACAAGAAACUGGACUUGAGUCUGUCUCUACGAUGGAGAUUUCACUCAGAUUUUUGAACCUACUCUUAAACUUUGAAGGAAAUUUGAGAUGGCUUAACCUGCAGCCUCUCUUUUAUUACUUUUUUUUAUUUCUUCAAAGUGUCCAAAGCAUACAUCCUAAGGAGGUACUUACUAACCCUUGUUAAUUUAAUUCCUUUUCUGUGGGUCAAGCUGUCUUCCCUGAGCUACAACUGCCCUGUAGUAGUGUUACUUUUUACGUUAUGUCCACACCCUUAUGGACGUGUGCUCAACUGGCCAUGCGGUGCGCACAAACAGCAACACCCUCCACAUUGCUCUUUCUGGUCCCCUAAAAUCAGUACUGGCCAUAAAAUUGUCCUAUCAGUCGGGCCCUAGUUACUGCUGACGUCUUAUGUGCCUGAACUUGUGCACUAGACUUCUCACAGUUACGGUGCUGAGCAUGAUUCUGGUUACCUCGAUGCUUCAAAGCCUCUGGGGUAAUUUCACUGUAGUACAUAAUGGAGAAAAUCGAUCAUCCACAUUGACGUUCUCGACUGCCUUGGGUUUGAAAUGUGCUGUUCCUGUCUUCAUAUGAGAUAUGAUUUCACUUUAGUGGUGCAUCACGUCCAGACAACACUGUGGCUUGAAAGCAAGGCUGAAAUCUUAACGAAUGGGCAAGAUGAGUAAGGAUCAGCAUUGGAUGCGUGUAGUUCUUGUAGGAAAGGCAGAAACAUCAUAGGAUCCUGUUACAAAACGAGACGACUAAGGUAGCUUGCACUUUUUGAGACCUAUUUCAGUAGAUCUGUUUUUAAACGCCUCUUAUAUUAGGUGUAUCUGUGGUGCUUAGAGCAAUCCAGGGUGGAGGAAUGGAUUCAGUCUUUAGCUUAGUGACCUCCACUGCCUUUCUGCUAAUUUAUGGAGUACAGUAUUCCGUUUGCCGCUGAAAUGUUACAGAAGCAGAUUAGUAAACGAAUGAAUGUUGGCAAUCUUGGACUGUCGGCACCGUAAAGAUUUGUUCCCAGUGCCUUUUUACAGAUUAUUAUAACCAUUGCUGAUUAUAUAUAAGUAUACAUAUACGUAUAUUUUCCUGUUGUUUUAUAUUAAUACUUCUUCUGUAUGGCUCUGAAGUUGUAUCUUUUCAUGUUUUAAAUGAUCUUAAAUCAUGUAUUAUUUCUUUUUUUUUUUUGAUUACAAUCAGCCUUUACAUGCUUCUGUUUGAGAUGCUUGGUGAUAUAGAAACUAUGCCUUGAGGUUUUUUUGUAUUAUAUUAUUAUUUUAUUAUUUUGUUUUUAAGCAGAGCUUUAUAAGUCGGAUUGGUACAAUCACAAUCACUCAUGAUACUUUUUACACUUUUUACACAUGCCUGAACACCAAAUGACUGACUUUUGUAACCAAAUGUUUCUUUUUUCUAUCAGAAUCUUUAUAGCACAUUUCUCCCCCCCCUGGUUUUAUUCAGAUCUCACAUUAGGUUCUCACACUUUCCCAGUGUUUAUAAUGUAAGAUCUUGUGUUUAUGGUGACGAUAUGCAGUAUCCACUAACUCCUUACUUAUGCAGAACGCCACAUUCUUAUGUGUACCUACUUUUUGGCACUUAAUAUGUUCUUUUAUGGUAUGAUUUCUUUCUUUGUUUUCUUUUCUAAGUCAACUGACCUUGUGCUGUCAAAACAAGGCUCGGAAAGCAGCAUGUUUCCCCGUGUUAAAUGUUAUGCAAGGCUGUUUUUACAAGUGCUGUAUAUAGGUUGUUAAUGCGUCAUGUUCUUUCUUUUCCUCGGUUCGCGUAAUAUACACCCUGUUGUUGCUAUAUGAAGUAUGUAGCCUUUUUAUGUUGUCUGUAGAAGGAUUUUUUGUGAAUAAAGAACAAAAACGUGUCUAGCAGAAACAAACCAAACAUACACAUAAUGCCAUUAGAGAUAAAAGUACACAAUAAAGGCAAAGCUUUACAGAUCUA